UUAAAAUUAAAUAUAUGAAAUCAGCUGACUAUCAAAAUCUUGUGUUUUACAUAGAAUAUUAUUUAUUAGUAAAAAAAGAUAUUUUGUGAAAAAUAUUAGGCGUAAUUCAUAAUCUACAGGGGAAAAAAACAAUUCUAAAGGCUCCAUCAAACCUUAUAAACCGCUGAUUUGAGUAUGUAAUGGAUCUCUACAAUGUCCCUGGAGUUACUGGAUAUCUCACUUUGAAUGCUGAUGGGGCUGUUCUUGCUAGUGGCGGAGAUUUAGACAAUGAUGAGAGGACUGCUAACAUUUUAUAUGGAUUAUUAGGAUCAGCUAAUGAUAGACUAGAUCCAGCAGCUUUCGAUCAGGGAUUUAAAAGGCUUUCAGUUACAUAUGACGAUCAUGCUUAUGUAGUUUGUUUGAGUAAUAGAAAGAUACAUAUUGUGAAACGACAAAUAGACUUAAGUGAAUAAGCCAAGUAUUGCUGUCCAGCAACCACAAAAAACCCAAUAAGAUAAUGUUAUUCAUAAUAUAUUUAACCAAUCAUAAGUUCAUGCAGGUAAUCAUCCUCAUGGGUGGUAUAUCCUUUUCCAUGUAUCAGCUUUAUGAACUCAUCCAGGAAAUGGAGUCUCCUUCAGCAGAUUCACAGCAAAAACUUUAUAAUUUUUGACUUAGGAUGUAAUCAAAUAAUCAGUAUAAUAAGCAAAUAAGUUGUAAUAAAUACAUACUUGUCACCCUUUGUAAAAUCAUAUUUUGAACAUCAGUUUAUUGUAAAUAUAUUUCUGUAUGUAUUUUAACAA